UCCAGGUUACAAAGUCGGGUCGACUCGCCAGGGGACGCCCGGGAGAGAAGGGCGUGCGCAGCGCAGGGGGCCUCCUGACACCUCCAUGCAAAGCCGCAGGGCGAGCGCCACACGUCUGCGCGCUGCGUGGGAAGGGCAGGGCUGACAGCACUUCCUCCCGAGGCGGCAGACCUCCACCCCGGGUGCCGCCGACUGAUCCGAGUCGCGUCGCCGUCCCCGCCAGUGCCCCGCGGCCGCCCAGCGCCCCGCAGAGCCGUCGAGAUGGGUGAGUCGAGUGAAGACAUAGACCAAAUGUUCAGCACUUUGCUGGGAGAGAUGGACCUUCUGACCCAGAGUUUAGGAGUCGACAUUCUUCCUCCUCCUGACCCUAAACCGCCCAGAGCUGAAUUUAACUACAGUGUGGGUUUUAAAGAUUUAAAUGAAUCCUUAAAUGCGCUGGAGGACCAGGAUUUAGACGCUCUCAUGGCAGAUCUGGUAGCGGAUAUAAGCGAAGCCGAGCAGAGGACAAUCCAGGCACAGAAAGAGUCUUCUCAGAGUCAACAUCAUUCAGCCCCUCCAGAGGCAUCAAAUUUCCGUGGUGCAGCCUCUCUGGGCUACUCCGCAAAUGCUGCUGCAGCCAGCGUCAGCCACUAUGAGCAUCACUUACCACCCCCACCAGCUGAUCCUGUGUUAGACCUGCCGCCGCCCCCGCCACCACCACCUCCUGAACCUCUCUCUCAAGAAGAAGAGGAAGCCCAAGCCAAGGCUGAUAAAAUUAAGCUGGCAUUGGAAAAACUCAAGGAGGCCAAGGUUAAGAAGCUGGUGGUCAAGGUGCACAUGAACGACAACAGCACCAAGUCCCUGAUGGUGGAUGAGCGGCAGGCGGCCCGAGACGUUCUGGACAACCUCUUUGAGAAAACUCAUUGUGACUGCAAUGUAGACUGGUGUCUCUAUGAAACAUACCCGGAACUACAAAUCGAGAGGUUUUUUGAAGACCACGAAAAUGUUGUAGAAGUCUUAUCCGACUGGACGAGAGACACAGAAAAUAAAGUACUAUUUUUGGAAAAAGAAGAAAAGUAUGCUGUAUUUAAAAACCCCCAGAACUUCUACUUAAAUAACAAAGGGAAGAAAGAAGGCAAGGAAACCAAUGAGAAAAUGAAUGCUAAGAACAAGGAGAGUCUACUUGAGGAAAGCUUCUGUGGAACGUCAAUCAUUGUGCCAGAACUUGAAGGCGCUCUUUAUUUGAAAGAAGAUGGAAAGAAAUCGUGGAAAAGGCGCUAUUUUCUUUUACGGGCUUCUGGAAUUUAUUAUGUACCCAAAGGAAAGACUAAGACAUCUCGAGAUCUGGCCUGUUUUAUACAGUUCGAAAAUGUCAAUAUUUACUACGGGAUUCAGUGUAAAAUAAAACACAAAGCACCCACCGACCACUGCUUUGUUUUAAAGCACCCCCAGAUUCAGAAGGAAUCCCAGUACAUCAAGUAUCUCUGCUGUGAUGACGCAAGAACUCUUAACCAGUGGGUUAUGGGGAUACGGAUUGCCAAGUAUGGGAAGACUCUCUAUGACAACUAUCAGCGGGCCAUGGCCAGGGCGGGCCUUGCCUCUCGGUGGACAAACCUGGGGACCGUCAAUGCAACGACACCAGCCCAGCCUUCCACAGGUACUCGGCGGAGGAGAAAUUCCAACACAUACUGA